AUGGCAUGGUACACAGGAACCCGAUCGGAUUUCGUGAAGCCCGUCAACGGCACCCGACCAGCGCUCUACAAGCACAGCCAACCGCCCAACAACGACGCCAACUUCCACAGCAUGUGCGCCAACACGGCGACGACCGCACUAUUUGCACACAUCCGCGCGGCAACAGGCAAUCCCGCCACCGUGGCCACGAUCAACAACCACCCGUUCGUGUUUGGUCGACACACCCUCAUGCACAAUGGUCUUGUUGCGCAUUUCGGAGACAUUCGGAGACCACUGCUCGAUUUGAUGGAGAAACCGGCCUAUGAAAAUGUCCAUGGAACCACGGACUCGGAGCAUCUUGCUGCUUUGUAUAUGACUUAUUUGACCAAAUCAUCAGCAUCAUCAUCAACAACAUCAUCAGCAAAUUCCCAAGAUGAUUCCAGCUGGCAACAUCAAUACACCACGACCGAAAUGCUCGACGCCCUUGUGUCCGCAUUCAAAGCCAUCAUUGCACUACAACAAAAAGUUCUCGGUGGCCCGCAGAACGUACAGGCCUCGUCCCUCAAUGUCUGCUGCACCGACGGCCGGCAAAUGGUCGCCGUGCGCCUGCGGAACCAUGCCGUCGAACAACCGCCCUCGCUGUACUGGUCCACCCGGGCCGGCGUCACCUUGAACCGCAAGUAUCCCGACCUGCCCUCGGGCGCGGCCGAAAACCCAAAUGCCACAAAACAGGUCUCAGAACAUGGCAAACAUGUCAUUGUCGCCAGCGAGCCGACCACUUACAAGGUCCAGGAUUGGUCGCUGAUUGAGAAAAAUUACGCCUUGCUGGUGGACGACAGAGGUCACGCCACAAUGGUCAAGGUCGAUCUUCCGGACUCGUGUCUGGCACGGGCACCGACUGGAAAUCAUUUCUGA